UAUUAUCGUCGUCAUAUUUAUAACAUUUUUAAAAGUGAGUACGUACUUCCGUAAUACGAGAACGAUCGUAUUGUCAUUUGUUGUUACGACGUUUGCAGUAGUGUAGGUAUAAAAUAGUACAGUAGUACGACGUUGACCACCGAAAUAUUAACUAUAAUAAUACAAUACGUCGCGGUGUUUAUUAUAAAAUAAUAUAAUAUUCCUUUUGGCGAACGGCUUCUAUAUUAUAUAUGUAUGUAAGAAAAAAAAAAAACACAAAAAAAUAUUCGUUUGCCGCUGCGCACAACAUUAUUAUAGGUAUUAUUAAUUAUUAUAUACAUAGUGUUUUAUACUGCAACUGUUUGUCAUUGCGAUAUUAUUAAUUAUUAUUUUAUACGAUUUAUACGAUUGGCUGCUUUUUUUUUUUAUUUUUAUUUUUUUUUUUUUUGUGCCACGUUUUAUCGUUUAUAGGCCCGUACGGCGGACAAACGUAUAUGUAUUUCACAUGGCGCGGCGAUAAUUAAAUAAUAAUUAUUCUAACCUACCGUCGAUAGCGGUUUCGAAAAACGCUUUCCUCGCGUGCAAAUAUACCGACACGAUCACUAUACGUUUUAAUUAAUAUAACCGUCGCCUUAACAAUAAUCAUCCCUACCUAAAUACGCAUUCGUUAUUAACGUCGUUGUACUAAACAUUAUGGGUGUGUCGUCGUCCGGAAAAUAAUCGAGCGGAUAAUAGGUAUUAUCAAUUUGUAGGGCCCGGAAAUUCCAGCCCUAAUUACGGUGCCCCCGAUAAACCCUGGGUUAUAGGGAAGGAGUGCUUGAGACGAUUCGCUACCUGCUGUUUUCGAUACGCAACCGUAUUGAACGUCGAGAUAAUAUUGUUAAACGGCGUAAUGGCAUAAUUAUUUUGGGGUCCAAUUCAACAACCAUUCGUCGCACGACUCAAUUUUUCGGUAAAACCGUUUAAUAAACUGUAAAUGACAAGAAAAAAAAAACACAAGUGAGUACAAUAAACGUACUACGCCGGUAUUCAGUAGUGGUAAGUAAAAAAACGAAGUCGUUUACUUCUGUAAAAGUGCAACAAACAGAUAACUCCGGAGUAGUUAAAAAUGGGCAAAAAAGUGGAAAUCAAAAUGUGGUUGUUGAAUUAGACCCUUCAAUAAUUGCUAUACAUCUACAUUGUUAUACAAUAAAAUAUUUAUACAUUUUGCUUUUUUUUUAUCAAAAAACAAAUUAAAAUACACAUAUAGGUAUUAUGCUGUGUAGACGAUAAAACAAAGGUAAAAAAUAAUUACCUCAGAAAAUAUUAUAAAAUAAAAUCCCUUAAAAUUGAGUUAAACCUUUCUUUCUUAGGACCUAAGAUUUAGUUGAAUUAUUGAUUGAUAAAUAAUACAUGUAAUCAUAAUAUUAAUAUUUAUAUUAGUAAAUGUGUAAGAAAAACUUAGGUUAAAUAUUCUGGGCUAGGUCAAGGGGAAACUAGAGGAGUUAAAGUCCCGGGUCACGAGUUAAAGAGGGCCAAAAUUGUCCGUCUCGUUUUGUCUUUUCCAAUUUCUUUAGAUUCUGUGUAUACCAAAAAAACUAUUAGUUUUACUAAGAUGUGUUUUUACCUAGAAAAACAUUUUUUUCAUUUUUUCGUUACUAAACAUGAUCAGAGUUUGUCAUAUCGUACUCGAAAUAAGUUAGAACUAAACAUCCUGUUCCAAGGCCUUGGGGAAAAAUGUCAUUAAAGAGGUCCAACAUUUUCCAAUCAAUUUAUAUGACAUUGUUUAUUAGAAGAGCGAGGAUUAUUUCUAUACAAUUGUGCAAUUGGAUAUUUUUUCUCUUCACAUUUUUGGAUUUUUGUCAGUAAUCUUUAUAAAUCAUAAUAAUACUAAACUAAUGGUGAUUUUUUUUUUUUUUUUGUAUUUUUCCGCACAUUUAAUGGCUAUUGCAUAGUUUUACAAAAUUCAAAAUGUAUUGCUGAUUGAAGCGAAUAUUUUUUUUUUAAAAAAAAAAGGUAUAAAAUAAUAUUUUAUCAAGAAGAAAAAUAAAAAAUACAUUUUAUAGAAACUAAAUAGUAAUUUAAAUAAAGAUAAGAUAAUUAAUUGAUAAUGACGUAGACUUUUGUGUCUAGAAUCUUAAUCGCUCUUGCUGUGUCAGACGUCAGUCAUUUAAGAUACCACUCUGUAAUGUCGUUCGUCGUGUAGUCCGAUGUAAAUUAUAACUUUUCUUUUUUGAAAUAUUUCGGGUGGAUCAAAAUUAAUUAUUUUGUGCGAUAAAUCCAGGAAAUACGUGCCAUUAAAAAAAUACAUUUGCCGCUUUUUAGCCUUAUUGCUUAUAACUACCUAAGAAAUUAAUUCAUAAUAUUUUUUCAAGAGCUGUACACAAUUUUUUUUAAAUCAUACCUAGGAUUUUGAGUUUAGAAAUUGUGUCAAAUUGUAUAACACGUACCUAAAUUUAAAAAAUAAAAAAUCAAUUUUAAAUAUGUACAUAUAUAUAUAUAUAUAUUUGUAUAAGUUAUAACUCAAUCUUCCCUAAAAUCAUAAAACUAGGUAUUAGUCAUUAUUAUUAGUUUAUUUACUGAUUAAUUACUAAUAUCUAACCUCCUUCAAAUUAUAAUGGUUCAGACCGGUUUGAUUUUUCAGACUAAAAAAACAUAGAAAUUUGAAUUAUAAACUAGGUAGUUAUAGUAUGAAUAAUAUAGAAUAAUAAAAAAAAAAAAAAGUGGGAAGAUGUAUCUUCUUAAUUUCAACCCGGGAUGGUCAAACGGUGAAGAGAAGUAUUGAAUGAGGAUAUAUCUCUUCUGUUCUUUUUCUUAAAUAUUUAUAUUUAUUUACAGUUAUUUUUUAACUAUACUCACACCAUUUGUAUAGUUAAAUUAUGCAUAUAUUAAAUUCUGGUUUUUAGAAUUGUUAAGUGUACCUAGUGAAAAAAAAACAUAUUUUCAAAUAUUUAAAUUUUUCUUAACAUUUAAGGAAUAUACUGUGAUGAUGAAAACUUUGGUUUUUCAAACGUGAAUCUACAUGUUUUGAUGCAAAUUAUCAAUCAAAUGUUUUUUUCUGAAAAUAUUGACGUAUUGUAAUUAAAAUUUGAAUGGAAAGUUUCUGAGUUAUUCUACUAUAAAUACUUAAGGAUAAAAACUACACGUUUCAAAAUAAGAAAUUGCCUAUUCACGACUCCUAUAGGAAACAUUCGGUAUCCAAUUCCCAUAAAAAGGCUAUAAUCCUUAGUAGGGAUCGGAUUUUAAAACAAAAUAAAUAACAAAAAAAAACCAUACAACUGUUUAAAAAAAGCUAAUUUAUUCAUAAAUAAAGUAAAAAAAAAAGCAAGACCAAAAAUUAUUGUCACGUGUUACAAUAGUCGAAGUUAUACGUGUACUGAAUAAUAAACGUAGAUGCUGCUGUAUGUUUAAUAAAGGUCGAGUACAUUGCAGUUAGGUAUUAAUAGCAUUUACAAAAUCGAUUAUCGAUCAAGUAUAUCAGUUUUAUCGAUAUAGAUAAACAAAAACAAUUAAACCAUAUAGUCCGUGUUUCGUGUUUGACAUAGAUUGAGAGCUAUACACUGUACCUACCUACUGUCAUACUUUAUGCAACUAUAUAAAACGAUUUUUUUUCAGUUUUUACUAAUUAAAUUAAAAUUGCCUUAUUAUUAUGGCACAAUAAGAAAUAAAAUGUCUCAACUAGAAUAUUUGCAAAAAAGCAUUUAUAUAAAAAAAGUCGAAAAAGCUACGAAAAACAUUGAUUUAGAUAUUAUAUAGAAUCAGAAUGACAUGAAACAAAUUUAUGUCCAUACUUUUGAUUUCUAUUUCAAAUAGAAAAAAGAAGCAUAUGCCUUAAAAUCCGAGCCCUAAUAAUUAGUAUUUAAAACAGAAUACCUCUGAAACUUUUCGUUCAGAUUUCGAUUACAAUUGGCACGUCAAAAUUUUCAGAAAAAAUUUAAAAUUGAUAAUUUCCAUCAAAACGUGUAGGUUUUCAUUUGAAAAAUCAAUGUUUUUAUCGCCACAGGAUACUCCUUAAAUGAUGUGAAAAAUCGUAUUAUGCAAAAACUUCGUCGUUUACUGUACUUAAAAAUUCCUAAAAUCAUAAUUAGAUUUUAUGCAUAAUUUAACCAUAAAACUAAGGUAAGCCUGCUUAAAAAUCCCCCUCUGUAUUGUAUUAUAAAUUUAUAGUUAUAUAAAAAAAAAUUUGAAAAAUAUGUAAAUAACAACGGUUCUUAAAAAAUUGUUCUUAUCCUCCACCCAUGACAAAAUCAUUUGGCCGCCACUGAUCUCCCGCCCUUAAAUACACCGCUGCUUAGGGCUGCAAGUUUUAAUUUGAAAUGCGCAUUUUGUAUAUAGAACCGCACGUUAGCGCGUGCCCUGUAUGUAUGGUGAAGUCCUAUUAUUAAUUAUUGUUACAGACACAUAAAAAUAAGUAGGUUACCUAUUUUUACACAGUGCCGUUUGUGACCGUAAGUCGAAUCGUGCACGUUUUUGUUCUCCGACCAAUGGCAAACGAGUCCUGCAGCAGUCUAUUAAACAGCGUAUUAAUAUUCUACCAAGACGCAUGUCCGUGAUCAUCUUUUCAUUGAAAUAUCUAUUGAAAUCGUUCGGGAACCGGGCCCCGCCGUGGGUGUCCCGGCUACUUUUGCAUAACCCUGCCGUCUAUGUUUCACUAUACAUUGUUUGUUAGGCCGCGACGCGGACGACCAGACCGCGGCGUGAGAACAACGCAGGUAUAAUGUAUUAAGUACAAACGCGAAGAACAAUAACGAAUUUGAAAAAAAAAAUAAAAAAAACUUUCUUUUGUCCGACAAUAUCGCUUUCAUCACUUAAGGUCUUAUAAUAUAAUAUAUUUUACCGAAUGAAUUAUUUUAUUAUAAGGCAGGUAAUAUAAUAUUAUUGUACGCGACUCCCCGAACAAAUAAUAAUAAUAAUAAUAUAUAUGUAUUAUUAUAGGCGGCGCGAGAGUUACGUAAAAGAAAAAAAAAAAACAAUUGCGUGUACCUAUUAAUAUAGGUAUUCGUUUUUGUUGUUUCGGACUACAUCGAUAAUAUUUCCGGAUGUCGGAAAUCGUUUUUAAACAUAAUAACCUAUAUACAGUGUAUAUUAUACACUGCUGUUGUAAAAUUGAAUUUUCUCUAGGCAACACAAUUUUGUUUCGCUCUCUUAUACCCCUCCGGCCGAACAAAGAACCUCUUCCGGUAAUCUCUGUAUUCAGGAAAUGGACUAAAGUUUUAAUUGAAUGUAUUUGAAAUACAUUUUGUAUUUCAUAUUUUCCGGUGUAUAAGAAAAAUUUCAAUUUGUAUUUCGUAUAUUAUAAACAUUUUCAACGCUUUUUGUAUGUUGAAAAUACUCAAAAUACAAAAUCCAAUUAUAAUCGAAUAUGUGCGGAUAGAGCGCUCGUGAAUAGAGAACACCUACCCGGUUGUGACAUUUCUUCGACACACAUUUUCUUUAAACAAUAUUGUAUUUUUUGUGAUGGUUUUCGUGUAAUUAGAUCAAACUUCGUAAAGGCAUUCAAACAGUUUGGUAUUCAGCCAUCUUGUGUAAAUUUAGAAGGUAUGUAGAUACUUUUUAUUUUUGUUUUAGAUUUAGAGCGUACGAGGGAUUUAUUGGUUUUAUUAUGAUGUGUGUGUGUGUGUGUGUUUUUUUUCUGCCUGUAAACAAUUUUUCGAAUAAAAAAAUCUUGCUUCGAUGUAUCAAAGAAAAGAAAACGUUAUCUAUUUGGUGCAAUAAAGAGGUCAUUUUUUGAUUUUCCUAGGUGUUUUAAUAAUCAUUGUGAAGAACCGUGAAAAAAAUUUUAGGUAAAACGGCAAAUAUUCACGGCGUGCCGCGGCGUUAUCGAUUUCAUUGGUUUUAAUUUUUGCAAACUAUAUUUUCUAAUACAAAUAUUGCUCCAAUAGAAAAAUGACCUUUUUUUAUUGAAUUUUUAAUUUUUAAAAAGUCGUUUUUUAAUUUCCAAAGUUUUUUUCGCAAUAAUUUGAACGAAAUAGAAAUAAACAUAGAAGGAACAGGAAAAAUUAUGGUUUUAUUUUUUUCAAUUUUGUUUUUUGUUAUAAUUCAGUUAAACAUAUUUGUAUAUUUCGAUACUUGAAAUUUUGAUUUAAAAACUUAUAUUUGAUUUCUUUAGACGUGGACAAAUUGUAUUAUUAACAUUUCAAUUUUUUGGGGUAUAUACGUAAUUUUUAUUUGGCAAGUAUUUUGGGAAUACAAUUAUUAGACUAAACAGAAAUGCUUCAACGUUUAACAAUAGGUUCAUUAUAAGUUCCAUUUAGUGGCCAAAAAAAUAAAAAAAAUCAGUGUUAUGUAAUAUUUAUAUAUAUAUAUAUAUAUGUUUUUUUUUUUAUAAGUGUUUUAAUAUCAAAUUUUGUACCGAUGUAUUUUGCCAUUUUUGUUGUCUAUAUUAUAUUCACUACCACCGCCUUACAGUUCCAAAUUUCUUUGUCCUUCAUCAAAGAUACUUGAAAAGUCUUAAAUAAAACAAUAAUCUUCCUAACGAAGCUGCAGACUACCUAAUGGCCUUUGACCUCCGGGAUUUUCAUGGCAUAUUUUUUUUAUAGUGGAUUCUUACUUUCUCCGCAUCACGUGAUCUAUCAUUUAGCUUCCUUUUAUUUCGUUUACAAUGCCUGGUCAUUUGAACAAUUCUUUAGCUCUUAAUUAUGUCUUUUCCUCCAUUCUUAUGUGUUUGAUUGAAACAUGUCCAAUAUAUUAUAUGAAUAUAAUAUAUUCAUCGUAAUAAAUUUCUCUCAAACCAUAUACAUUAACCUAAAUAAUACUAUAUAGGUAGAUGUUGUGUUGUACACCUCAUUACACUUAAACUAACAUCAUAAUGCUGCAGUCUGCAACCUUGUUGAUUGUAAAAUUAAUAGAUUAUUAAUAAUAAUUUAUUAUCAUAAUAUAGUUGCUUCACUCGUAGGCACCUAUUAUAUAAUACAUAUUCGAUAUUUUAUAUUGACAAAUGUAAAAUAAAUCGCAUUGUAUUUUUAUUCUUGAAAUCUUAACGAAUUAACCAUCAUUAUUUUCUAAUAGGUACAUACCUAUGCCCAAGUAUUCGUAUGUAAUACUUUUCAAAAUGCAUUAUUAACUGUUAAUUAGAUUUUUGAUUUUUUUUUUUUUUUUUAUCUUCCUUCUUGUGUUUAGAAAUCCGUUUUUACUAUAUGUACAUAUGCGUCAUUCAUGCGUAUAUUAUGUAAAAAAGGUAGGAUACAUAAAUUAUAUCUGCACGCAACGAUAAACAACUGCUAACGAAAUACAAUUCGGAGCGAAUUUCGGUUGUACAUGUUUUUAAAGGCCGUAAUAUUUACGAUUUCUGUCAAAAUUUAAUUAUAAAACUUAUAAAAAAAAUAAAAAUAAAACAUUAUACAUUUUUUUUUUUUCACUAAGUACGACUUAUAAUGAACCUCCUAUCAAAUUUUUAACGAUUUCUGUUUAGUCUAACAAUUUCCAUAUAGCACCUACCGAAUAAAAAUUACGUAAAAACUCGCAAAAUUGAAAUUUCUAUAAAUAGCUCGAAAUUGGCUUAGUUGUUUUGAAAACGUUACUACGUCUAGAGAAAGCUAUUUAUUAGACAUUUUCUGUCGAAAAUUUUAAGUCUUUAAAAAUAUUUUAACUGAGUUACAAUAAAAACAAUUUUAAAUCUUAACAAAAACUUUAAAAUAAUAAACAAAUUAUUUUCAUAGUUUUUCCUGUUAUAAGUAAUUUUUUUAAUUCUGCUCGAUUAUCAAAAAAAACUGCAGAUAAAAUUAAAAAACGACUUUCUUGAUCAUCAACUAGAUCUAAAACGAAACAUAGAAGGUCAAUGUCGUUUUUCUAUUGGAGCAAUAUUUAUGAUAGAAAACAUAAGCCGUACAAAUUUUAAAUAAUAAAAUCAAUAAUUUUAAAAAUCGUAUUUUUCGACUUUUGGUUUUUUACAAUUUUUUUGAAAACGGCUUGAAAAAUCAAAAAAUGACUUCUUCAAUGCAUCAACCAGAAAACAUUUUUUUUUUUCACAAAAGAGCUACCACUUGAUACUUCAAAACAAUAAUUUUGUUUACAAGCAGAAAAAAAAAUUUUAAAAAAAAAAUCACACCCCAUAGUGAAAUCAAAAUAGAUCCCUCGCUACGCUCCGUAUUUAAAAAAUAAUUGAAAACUUUUCCAUUUUUCCAAACGUUUGUCGUGGUUUUAUCCAAUUAUUAAGAAAAUUACUCGGAAAAUCAAUAAACGACUUUCUUACUCACUAUCUAUAAGCAACAAUUUUUUUUUUCUGAUGUUACUUUUAUUUGAAGCAAACUUUCUGGAAGAAAACAAAAAUCAAAACAUUAAUGCCACAAAUUGUCCUUUUUUCAUUAAUGGUUUAUUCCAAUAUUAUGAACACCUCUUGGUAAAAUUAAAAAUGACCUUCUAAAUAUACCAACCAACCACUAGAUUUGAAAUGAAACAAAAUAGUCUCUUGUAAUUUCUCGAUUAGAGAUUUCUGAAAGUUAUUUACGGACAAUAUAAAAAAAAAGUGAAAAAAAAAAUUGUACAUCAUUAUUAAACCAACACAUUUCUUGCUACGCUUAGAAUCUAAAACUAAUAACUAUUUAUUUCAAUUAUUCUUAUACCGACGAAUAUUUUACGCGUCGGUGAUCGUAUGAAAAUAAUAUUUUUUGAAGACAAAAUGGGUUUGAGCUGAAGGAACGACGUACGUCAAGGUGUAAAUUUAACCUAAUCUUAUUGUUUGAAUGUGUUAUGUAUUAAUAUAUACACAUCAAGUAUUUUCAGCAUAGGCAUGUUAUAUUGUAUAAGGUUUAAUAUAAAUAAAUCAUUGAAAAUAUAUAUUAUUUCACUGACCUUCUCGAACACAAACGAUACAAUAAAAAUUUUAUUUUUUAUUUUUUUCGAUAGCAAAAUAUUUGUCGAAUCACAUCUUACCUAUUAUUAUGUACCUGUACGUCGGAUUUCAUAGGCAUCGAGAAAACCACUGUAUUUUGCAGAUGGAUCGUAAUAAUUCUAUUAUAAGGACGUGCGUAUAGGUACUACAUGUUGAUAAUUAUACAUAUUAAUUUUGAAGGUAUUAUUAUUAUUAUGUAAAUACGAAUAUCAUUGUUGCAUUUGAAAGAUGAUUUCUAAAAAAAAAAUUAGAUUACUGUACAGGCAUUGUGCUAGAUAUGUAUUUAUUUAUUAAUUUCGAGUGCUUAUAUAAAACAACAAAUGUAGGACACCCAUUUUUAAAAUUUAUACUAAAAUACCCGCAUUAAUUUUAUAGACAAAAAAUUAAAAAUUGUAUAAAAAAAUAAAAAUAAUACAAAUUUAAAAAAAAAAGUUAAAGUCAUUAAAAAUAUUUUUAGGCUCGGAGGUGUUAGAAGCAAUGAAUAAGACCAUUUUUCAAUAGUCAUUUUCCGUAUAUUUUCAUAUUUAAAAAGCUUGCUUCCCAUUUUGUUAAUAAAUUUAAUUUUAGCAAGUGGAAUACUACUGAAUAUUAAUUUUCUAUCUCUAUUGUACAUGAUUGUACCCUUGAGCCGAAAGAUACUCACCGUGUUUAUACUGAACUUGACGAACGAAAAAAUAAUAAUCAACCCAAUAUUACGGUCAAAUGUAAGAAUGGGAUACCGUCUAUCUUCACUGUCCUUUACAGGACAAAUUUCAAGCCUCAUUAUUCUUCAUCUGUUAUCCCUUCAAGAAAUUGACUAGCUGAGUUUCCCUUCAUUGAUUUGGACUGCCAACAUACGUUUCUUAUCGUUGACCCUUCAUGCACCCUUUGUUCCCAAUCUACUUCUACUAUUAAUUUUUGCCUUAAUUUUUUAAGAUGCAUAAGUACUAAUACUAAAUCUUUUUGGAAAUUUUUUUAGGAAUAAUAAGUCUAAAAAGUCUAAAAAUAAUAUAAUUAAUACUGUUCAUUUUAAUGGUGUAGUAAUAUAGUUAGUACUAAUGAAAAAGAGGUUUCUAAUUUAUUCGCUAAAGAUUUUUAGUUUUAAAGUUUUAGUUUUGUUUACACCGAGCACAGUGUUAUUAGGAGCUCAGAUUUUCAGUCACAUCAUAUAAACAAGGAAGCAGAUCAUUGAAUAAUUUUUUGAUAUCUGUACAUUUCAAGCAGAUAAUCGUAAAAAAAAACCUAGUAAUUUUCAUAAAUUAUGAGAAAUGGUAGAUAUAGUUUUCUUGAUUCGAAAUGGAAGGGUUAAUUUUAGGAAAAAGUAUAAGAAAAUUGAUUAAUGAAAUAAUUAGAGCUAUAAUAAAAAUUCAAUACAAUUUUUGGUACAUGUAUAGAUUUAAGAAAUUAUAGACCAAAAAUUAAAAAUUUUCAUUUUUUCAAAAACUUUGCGCUUACAACGCACCCUGUGCAUGAUGUUCAAUCAAGCUAAAAUUUCAGUGAUUUUAUUUUAUUAUGUAUUGAAACAAUUUUCCGGCUGACAUCCAUUAAAUAAAAAAAAAUUAUUAUUUCAUGUAAACAGCAAAGUAAACUGCAAAUUGUUAUGUGUAUUACUGAAUUUAGUGAACUAACUUUUUUUAUUAUUUUUUAAAUUAAUUUGAAAAUCUAUUGAAAAGUUCUACUGUCAUAUCGUUCAUGAUUUUGUUAACGACACAAAUUGAUAUAUUAUCCGGUUUUGUUAGGUUUACUACAUGUUAGGUAUAACAUGUAUUCUUUAUUUUUAUAACAAACAUAACGAAAAAUAAUAAAUAUUAAACACGUUUACAUUUUUUAAAUGCACGUUUUCUAUCAGAAAUAAUGUUCCAAUAGAAAAACUAUACAAGAAUUUUUUGUUACAUUUUUAAUCUAAUUCGUAUUAAGUAACUUGAUUUUUGAUUUUUUUUUUUUUUUUUUUUUUUUUUUUUUUUUUCUUAUUAGUUUUUAGUUAAAAAAUAUCAGUAGAUUUAAAUUUUGAUAAAAUAAUUAAAACUUACUUUUAUAGACAUAGUAAAAUGUUUAAAACAUUUGAGCCAUUUCUGAACUAUUUAUAGAUAUUUUAAUUUUAUGAAUUUUUACCUCAUUUUUAUUUGAUAUAGGUACUUUGUGGAUGGAUAAAAUUGUUAGGCACUAAACAGAAAGGCAUGACAAGUUGACAUGAGAUUCAUUAUAUGUCGUAUAUAGGGGUCAAAUAAAAAUAUAGUGUAAUAUGGUAUUUUUUUUUUUUUUUAAGAGUUUAAAAUCAAAUUUUGACAAAAAUCAUAAAUAUUACAAAACUUUAAAACAUGUAUAACCGAACUUAGCCGAAUCGUUUUUUGUUAGCAAUAGUUUAUCGUUAGUUACAGAUAUAAAUUAAACAACAAUCAUUCCAACUACCUAUCUAUAACAGUGCCACACCCGUCCCCGGUAUCUACUCUAUUAUAUUCUGAGUGAAGCCAAGAAGCUUAUGAUUUCACUAAAAUAUUUAUUCUUUUCUGUGGACAACUUUUCUUCCACCAAUUUUGUUCCGAUUUUCAAUUAUACCUAAAAAUAAAUCUGACUAGGAUAGUACUUUAAGCAGGUAAUUUUUCGAUUUUCCUAAGAGUUUUCUAACAAAUGGGAAAAGCUGGGAAAAAACAUGGGGAAAUCGGCACAAUAUUAUUCAAAUAGUAUUAAAGAAAAUAUAAAAAAAUUAAAAAUUAAAAAAUUAAUAAAUAAAAAAAAAAACCUAAAUACCUAUUAUUUUACUAUAAUAUGACAAACAUAUUGUUGACAAAGCAACUCUAUCAACUGAACUCCGCUCAGAAUCAUUUUUUUGUUAGCAAUAGUUUAUCGUUGCUUAUAGAUAAAUAAUAACUUUCGUUCUGUAUUCUACUUUCCUAACUUAACACCUACAACAGUAGCUGCACCCGUCCCCAUUAUCCAAGGACGGCUUUUAUUAGCUUGAUUUUUUUAAAUUUUCUGCUGUCUUUUUUCUAGCUUUUAGAAUGCUUUUUCCAUCAAAAAAACUUUUAUUGUCAUUAUCAUUUCCUGCUAUAUGGUUGGUUAUAUUUUUUAAUAAUAUUACGUAGUUAUAUCUAGAUAUGUAUAACUACCUUCCUACCUAUUAUAAUAAUUAACAUGCUGACGGUUUUGCUGUAUUUUAGAUUCUAAGUGCAGUGAGAGAAGAAGUAAAGCUAAUAAGUAUCAUGUAAUUAAUAUGUACAUGAUGUGUUUGUUUCCAUUUCUUGGAAAAAACUUUUUAUGGUAUUUCUUAAAAAAUACAGAUUUUUCGCCCGAUACUUUAUUAUCGAUAUUCCAAAUAAUUUUUCCGAAAAAUUGCUUAAAAAUGUAUUUUAAAAAACUUUUUUGUUAAGAAUAUGCUUCAGUUUUUUCGCUCAAUAGCUCAAAAAAUUCGGAAUUUCUACUCAAUUGUAUUUUAUUUGAAACAUUCAUUGACAUUUUCAGCAGUUCAUCCCGAAGGUCCUUUUUUUAUUAUAGAAAAAUAAUAUAUAUUUUAAAAUGAUAAAAAUUUGGUGAUGAAGUUGAAAAUGUGUGUUAAAUGUUAAAAAUAUAAUACGCAUGUAUUGGAAAUUACAGAUGAACAGAAUACCGCCGCAAUACGAUUACUGUAACACUGCUGAUGAACCGUGGCUGUCUGACAAUAUGCCGUUUACGAAUGAAAGUUCUUCGGGAUCUGGGGAAUUGUAUUCCACUUUUACUACGCCGGUUACACCAAUUGAACAAUUACCAUGGUACGAUAAACGAUAUUAUUUUGUCCUAAUGUCAUAUUGUAAGUAACAAUUUUUAAUGCACACACACACACAAUUUAAUUGUAAAAAUCGUAAUGAUAAUAUUGAUAUAAAUAUCGAAUAUAACAUUAUCUGAACUGUCGCAAAAUAAUACAUAAUCAGUUGUAUAUUUAUGAGGGGAGGAGAAACUGUGAAGUUUCUUCCCCCCAAAGGUACACAGUUUCUAUAAUAUUGGUUGUAUUAAUAUGAUUUGGGUAGACUUGGUCGUCUAAAAUAUGUAAAUGCUACUGCUUCUCAAAAAAAACAAAAAAACACCAGCGAUCAGUAGAGCUCCGUAACAGAUUGGUCCAAAGUCAAAUUUUUUCCAAAUCAACUAUUGUUGCCAUUACAUAUUUAAUAUUUUUUAGAGCUCUUUCACACGAAGUCACCAUGGUCGCGCCACCACAAUAUAUUAAUAAUUAAAUUAGGGUUUUCACACAUAGUGGCACUACCACGUCAGCCGCACCACUCAGAAGUUUGCGUGACCAGACAUGUUGAACGCACGACUAAAAUAGAUGCGCUACUAUAUAAAUUUAUAUUAUUGCAAUUUAAAAACGUACAUUCUUUUCAUUAUAAUCACUGCCAGUGACGUUUUUUGAUUACUUUGUCAAUAUUCUUUAAUAUGGAUAGCCACUUUGACUCAGAAAUGUUAAUUACAGAAAUUGAAAAUUGGUCAGCAAUAUAGAACUCUGUUUUGUACGAGUAUUCAGACAGUAGUGGAUGUACUCAAAACUUUCGAUUUUAGAUUAUGAGUAUAGCAAAGAAUGUAUAAUAUUACAAAGAUGUUUAUUUCUUUUUUUUGUUUUAUGUUGUAAACUUUCUAGCAGAAAGCUUACUCCACUAUACACUAUAUAGACCCUUUUUUGAAAAGAAAUCUGACCGGGAAAGUACUUUAGGGAGGUCAUUUUUCGAUUGAAGUAGAGUGGGGGGGAUAAAGGAUGCAGAGAAAAGACUUCUUUACAACCUAUAUAAGUAUGAAACGGCUAUUGUAAGAAACCAAGAUAGUGUAGAGAAGCGAAAAUAAACAAGGGAGUUAGAUAAGGACGAACGCUAUCCCCAAUCAUAUUCAAUGAGUAUACCCAAAAACAAUAGAUAAGAUAAAAGAAGAGACCAAUUUAGGCAUAAAAAUUAACGAUCAGAGAAUAAAUAUGUUACGUUUUGGUGACAACAUAGCAAUAGUUGCUGAAAAUGAGAAAGAUUUACAAGAGUACCUUGUACCAUCGAUAAAACAUUUAACAACGAUCUGAAAAUGAAAAUAAAUAUGCAAAAACAAAGGUGCUUGUAUGUGAAAAGGAAAAUACAAGAGUACACAUAAAGCUAGGAGGAGAUCAAAGGAUAGAGCAAGUAGAUGAAUUUGUGACUUUAGGAAGUACAAUAAGCAAAAAUGGAUGUAUUAAGCACGAAAUAGUAAAACGUAUUUGCCAAGCCAAAAUAGCUUUUAAAAGUAAAAAAAAAUCCUACUCACUUCAAAGAACAUUAUUAUCGAAAUUAGAAAAAACCUAUUGAAGACAUAUAUAUGGAGUAUAGCAUUAUAUAGGUGUAAGACCUGGACAAUAUUAGUGAAAGAAAAAAGGAGACUGGAAGCAUUUGAAAUGUGAGGCUAUAAGAGGAUGUUAAAAAUAAGCUGGAUGGACUAAAUAACUAAUAAAGAGGUUCUAGAAAAAACGUCUGAAGGAAAGCUACUAUAGAAAAGUAUAGUAAAAGACGGAAUGAAUGGAUAGAACAUACAAUUCAACAUGCAAGAUUAUUAAAACUAAUUAUAGAAAGAAGUAAGGAAGGAAAAAAUCAUAGAGGAAGGCCAAGAUUAGAGUAUAUAAAUACAAUUAAUAAGGGACCAAGGAUGUAAUUCAUAUGUGCAAAUGAAAAAGAAAGAAGAAUAGAAAGUAACUGCAAACUAAUCUUAGAAUUUUAACGAAGAGAGAGAGAGAAUAUAAACAGACGAAAGGAGCAGAGUUUGGAAGUUGAAACUUUUUUAAGGCACAUCCUUGAUACUUAUAUUACUUAUAUACAAAAUUUCAUUUUCCUGGUUCUAUUUAAUUAGUCUUUACGGUUGUAAAAAGCUAAAAAAUACACCUUCCUGUAACAACAUGGUAAAAUUAAUAUUGAAAUUCAACCAAAGUUUGAUCACUUCAAUCCGCCUAUAAUGAAACUUUAAUUCCCGAACUUGAACUCAUUUCAGUUGAACUCUCACAUAUAUUUCUAUUAGUUAUCCGUACUACGUGAACGCCAGUUCGUUGUCUGCGCUUUGUUAUCUAUAUUUUUUUGAACAUUAAUUAUAGGUUUAUUACAAUAGUAAGUUUUUCUGUAUUUCCCUAACCUACCUACAGAAUGUGUCAAAUGCCGUGGGCAUUUAGUUCACCUUGAGGACGUACUCCAAUGCAGUAUCUGUAGUGAUCAGGUUUACUUUUACUAUAAUGGAAUUUCUUAGGUAAGCUUCAAGAAAAUUUCUAAAAAUAUAAAAACAUACAUUACAUAUAACAACUGUCAACGUCAAAUUACCACUUAACAAAUAAACAAAUUGGAAGAUAAAAUUGAAAACCUUAUUGAAUCAGUAAGUUCCAUGAGUAAUAAUUUGAUGAGUUUAUCAACAAAAUCUAAUCAAUGUUAAAAGAACUAAAAUCGGUUUAAAUAGAAAAUAAUUUAAGAAAAUAUCAACUUACAUUUUACCACUUCAUCCCAUUCGAAAAUUCAUUUUUUUUUAAUGUAUCAAUAUUGAGAGUGUAAUUAGAUGUAAUUAAUCUGUAUCUUGUAGAUCUACAAUCUGUUAUUAAUGUUAAAUUUGAAUGCCACAAUUUCACACCUUUAGAUUAGAUGUUAUAUUUAAAAUAAACUCAGGGAGAGUUAGCUGGAGAAACGUUUCUUUACUCACUUUUCAUUUUUGUUUUAAAAGGUCGUCCUCUGAUGAUUCUUGUAUUCGCAUGUUGAUAGACAUAAGGUUGUAGUUCUCAGGGUAUGUACUCGUGUUUCCCAACUGUUUCCUGUAAGUAAAAAUGUACGUAAUUAGUUCGUUUCAAUUCGUUAUUGUUAGAUUGAUAUAUUAAGAAACUUUCCAGAGUGACUCCCAAAUAUUUUACAUGUUAGAUGUUUUUAAGUUCUAUCAUUCUACAUUACGCUUAGUUUGCUGUAUCCUAUGCUUCUAUUUUCCUCAAAUAGAAGGAACAUAUUAUUUAGGUUUUCAUCGGGUUCGGCCAUAAAUUGUUUUUGUGGAAGUAAAUACCAUAACCUUUUUUAGUGUCAUCUCAAGGGAGUAAGUAGUAAAAACCUCUAUGUUGCAUACUCCAGGCAAAUUUUUCCAAAUAAAAACACGCACAUGAUUUAAAGGCUGUUUUAAUAUUUAAAUUUUAACUUUUUAUUAUCAACAUCAUGUUUCAAAAAUGUAUGUACUACAUAAUUAAUAAAUAUAUAAAGAAAAAAUUUCUAUGCUUACAUUUUUAAUUAUAUACUUAUUUAUGAGUAUUAACCAUUGUUAUAAUUUUGUUUUUACUUUAUUAUUGUAUUACAUAAUAAAUAUCUAUAAGGUGAUAUAAUUGAAAUAAUCAUGAAAUGCACAAAUCUGUUUAACAGCUAUUUACUGACAGAAAAGUGUCUUGCGAAUUUCGAGACCAGUCAGAUUAUAAAUUCAUGUUAAUUGCAUUCUAAAUAUUUGCAUCGGAAAAAUGUCGAAAAGUUGAAUUUUAAAACUCCAGGGGUGUGGGGGUCGUCAAAGAAACGGUUCUUCAGUCUUCAGGCAUAUAUACAAAACAUAUUGCUUUUUAAACAAUAUAUAUGUCAUAUUAUGGUAAAAUAAUUAAAUACCUAAGGAUAAUAGAAAUCUUUUAUAUUAAUUUAACCUGUUAUAUAUAUAUAUAUAUGUGUACCACCGCUUUUUUUUAUUAUCCAGAAGUCUUAAUGUUUAAAAUGCAGCUUAUUAGCCACAUUUAUUUUUAAUUUUUUUGAAAUAUUUUCAUUUUCUAGAAUCAAUAUGUAUUUAUGUAUUUUGUAAAGUUGUUCUAUUCUAUAUAAUAGAUUACUAUAUUAUUUAUUACAAUUAUGUUAGAUCAAAAUCUUAUAGUACUUUUUUAGUCAAAUUUCCUUUCAGAAAAAGUGUUAUCAUUGUAAAUCGAAACAAAAGAAAAAAUUGUUUAUUUAAAAAAAUAAAAAAUAAACAUCAUUGUAAAACCAUAUAAAUUUUCGCUCCACUAUAGUAGGUUAUAAUAAAAAUCAUAAGUGCCCUCCCCUUCUCCCACAUUGGUACUUACUAAUAAUAAACCAGUAUUAUAUUAAUGGUACCUAUUGAACAAAACAAAAGAAAAGAACAUAAUGACUCUUGGGACAAUGUGUAAAAAAAUUAGGUAGUUAAAAGUAUUUAUAAACACUUUUCAAAAAUAUUUUUAACACUCAAAUAUUUGUUUAGUGAAAUACCAAUAUAUGUAUUAUAAUAUUAAAUUUUAAAACAAUAUCUGCAUUUGUACUCAAAAUACUUUUAAAAAGUUGCUUUUACAAAUCUGCUGCAUACUGAUAGUAAUCCAUCAGUACAUAAAAUUAUAAAGUGUUGAAUAUAUUAAUAUGAUUACAUUUUUUUUAAUUUUUGUAUUAUUUUUGAUAUUUCUUUAUAUUUCAGCUUGAAUACGACUAAAUUAUUGGACAAAUUAAACGAGCAAUACGUCCGGGAACGAAAAAAAUUCGACUACACUUUGCCGUCUUCACGGAGUAUGAGUUUCACCGGUUUGUAUACAUCUGCCACACCCUUCCAUCCAUACUAUACAACUAAAUUAAAAUACUUAACAUAAUUAAUAAACUAUUAUAAUUUCAUGUUUAUAUAGACGUGGACAGUUUGCACCCACUGUCGGCUCAUUCGAAGUUACCACCCGAACAGUCGUUGAAAAAACGGUCGUGGUUUUUUUUGGCUUGGAUCACCAGUCUUGACUUUAUCAUCGAACCACAAAGUAGCUAUACAAAUAAUAUACGACCACAAUAUCAUAUAGAUACACCAAAGAUUGUAAUUUUAUACAAUUUUUGGUUCUAAGUGGAGUUAGGAAUGUACUGCUUUUACAAUGAUGAAUUUUUUUUUUUCUGUGAACAACUUUUCUACCAGAUGUUUUACUUCGAUUAUCAAAUGUUUUCUGAUAGGAAAUUUGACUGAGGUGAUAGUUUGAGAAGAUGUUUUUUGAUUUUCUCAUAGAUUUUUAUAACUAAUAAGAAAAACCGUGGAAAUCAUAGGAAAAACGGAAAAAUUACAAAAUGUAUUAUUUUCAAAUUGUAAAUAUUACAGCCUUUCAAAACAUAAUCGAACUCCGCUCAGAACCAUUUUUUGUUACCAAUGACUAAUCGUUACGUACAAACAUAUAUUAAAUUGUGCGAAGUAUGUUUGGUUUUUUUAUGUAAUACAUCUUCUACUUAUAUUUAUAGGUUUUUGUUAUGUAACUUGGUUGAGUCUGGUAACCAUGUGUUACCUGUAUAACUGUUGGAUUAUACCGUUGCGCAUAACUUUUCCUUAUCAGACAUCGGAAAACCUAUGGAAAUGGAUGCUAUUGGACUAUUGCACGGAUGCGAUUAAUUUGUUGGACACGUUCGUCAUCAAACCGCGAAUUAUAUACCUUAAAGACGGAUUUUGGGUGCGUGAUCUAAAACUCAUCGAAGUCAACUAUUUGGAAAAACUACAGUCGAAAGUAAAAUAAAAAUCAAUACAUAUUCGAAAUAUAAAUACUGUUAAUUGUUAAGUCAGUGGCGUAAUUAGGAUUUUGUCAAGAGAAGAGGGGGAUAUUCGUUUGCAGUAUUUUAUUUCCUCAAGAGAAGGGAAAGGGUUUUUUUUAAAUUUACCAUUACCACCGUUUUUCAUAUUUAAAUGUUAUCAAAUUCUAAUACUUCGAUGGCACAGUAGUAGUGAUUAUUCAUUAAGUCUAAUCUAAUAACAAAAUUAAUGUAUCUAAAGUUAUAAAAUAGUUUAAUCGAGAUUUAUAUUGAAUAAUAUUAAUAAAAUAUUUACUUUUGUCAUUUAUUUUGAAGAUACGACUUCAUAUUCUUUAAAGAAGAAAAAGUUCGUUUAGAUGUUACAGUUGAAACUAAUAAUAUAGAAUAAUAUAAUAGAGUAAAUAUUUUGAGAAGCAUAUGAAUAUUAGGAUAAAACUCUUUAUCACAAAUAUCCAGAGCGUAAUGGUAAUCCUGAAAUGAGUAUUAUAUUAUCCUUAUCAGUAAUUACCUUAUGUCUCCACAUGUUUAAUUCAGUAAUGCUGGCUUAUUGAUCAACAAUAGAUGAAUAAUCAGUUUGAGAAGCUGAAUGAAUAAAUCUUGCCGUUUAGUAACAAGAUGUCUUAAGAAUACCCCACUGGUAUUGCCCCACCAAAUAUCCGCCGGAAGUUCGCAGUAAACUAGGAAAGGACCAAAACAAAAACUGAUGUACGAUACCAAUUACAUAGACAAAACAUACCUAAUUUCAGACUUAAAUCCAGAAAGAGUUUUCUUAAAAGAGAAAACCUCUAAAAAAACAAGCUGAAGAGGUACGAAGAGAAAGGUGGAAACUCUCUCUUUAAGGAAAACAAUAAACUAGAACCCAUAUCAGCGGAACUGCUGCCAGCUGGACACGAAUUAAACUGGCCAACCUGGAGAUCUCUCAAUAAACUUUGAGUAGGAGUGGGCAGAUUUAAAAACAACCUAAAGAAAUAGAACAUCCUUUAAGACAUCUCCACAAAAUGCGAGUGUGGUUUGGAACAAGAUAUGGAACACCUACUGAACUGCCGAAGUUAUUUAUCUUCCUGUUCGAAAGAAUACCUCCUGUCAGCAAAUUGAAGUAGUAAGAUUCUGGUCAAGGGUAAUCUAAAACUAAGACAAACCUACGAGAAAACCUAAGAGAAACCAUAAAAAUAAACAGAGUACUAGGUAUUUAUUAUUGAUAGAUAUAUAUUUUUAUGAUUUAUAGGUAGAACGUUAGUAGUACUUAUAAUCUGAUGUAUACACAUACAUUAAGUAUUAACAACAAUUAAAUAACUAAAUAGUCAUUAAAAUAUUAGAUUUUUAAAUUUAAACAAAAAUCACAAUAUAAGUUAUUAUUACUGUGAUUUUUUUUUGUCACAAUAUCAUACUAUUUACAGUGUGAUAAAAUAUCCAAAAUAUCGUUUAUAGGUCUAAUGGUAAUGCCAAAUGGUAUAGUAAUGGUACAGUAAAAUAAAAACUAUUUGCGCAUAAUGUUAUUGGGAACGGUCUCUCUAUAUUACUCUAUGGCUCAGUCGCGCAGAUGUAGAGUAUGUGUGAUAUAAACAUAUAUUUAUCACUUUUUGAUUGUUUACCACGUUCAUAGUUACGCAGUUUCCAAUUUUACAUUAUUGAAUUAUAAGUGUUAUUAUUCUAUAAAACAUAACGCUUCAACCUCUGAAUUAUCCCUCUACAAACAUUUCGUAGUAAGCCUAUCCUUUUUAAGCCCAACAGAAGUUAUCGAUUACUUUACAGAUGAGUUGAUAGCAGUUCAAUCAACAGAUGAUGAAAUAAUUGUAGAGUUUAUGAACUACGUGUUUGAUUCUUAUAUUUCUCCAGAAGCGAGUUAUCCACCAAGUAUAUGGGUUCAAUUCUUUACUACUAUAAACAGAACUACGAAUAGUUGUGAGAAUUAUCAUUCGAAACUCAACAGUUGUUUUUAUAAGAGGCACCCAAAUAUCUUUCAAUUUAUAAAUAAGCUGUUAGGACAGUCGGAAACGUAUAUUAAAUACAGGAGCAAUGGGACUAAUACAAAAAGUAAGUCUCAGAAAUCAACUAAACAACGCCGGAAGUAAGUACUAUUGUGGAUCGCUGAAUAGGUAUUAUUGUUAUUAUUAGAAGCGUAGUUAUUGUCGGAUGACUACUGACAAUAAUUUAAUACUGUAUUUCACGAUACGAAACGUUUUUAAUUAUAUUUAGAAUUUUAGCAGUAUGCAUUGACCAUAAUAUUUAAAAAUACUUGUAUGUCAAUAUUGAAUAUUAUAAUAAAGUAUAGCAAUUUCGAUAAUUUUAUUCUGUAAUUUUAGAAUGAAUAUCUUAUGUAACCACAUUACCAUAAAUAUAUGAAUAGUAUUAGGUAGGUUAUCAGUAAAAAAUAAAUCAAAAAAGAUAUAUCCCCCAUGUUUCCCUCUCUGUUAAUACGCCACUGAAUAUUAUUAUAGUUGUUACAUUUGAUGAAACAGUUACGUCUCGAAUAUCACUGGUGUAUCAUACGUAUUAUAUUAAACCAUUUCAUUUUAAUAAACAUUUAAUAAAAUAUCCAAAUCAAGACAUAUAACCCUCCAAAGAUAUCAAAGGUUAAUAAUAUUUUGAAAUAAAAAUAGCUAACCUACAAUAAUUGUGAUUUUAUUUUUAGUUGGAUAUACUUUCUUUGAUACCAGCAGACUUGUUAUGUCUUUCUCCGGCAUUCGCUUGGGAACUGCUACCUUUAAUGAGAUUGAAUCGGAUUAUUAAGGUAGGCCCAAUGCUCGUAGGGUAUAAAAAUGUAUUAAUUUUAUAAAUCGCAACAAAUGGCCCAUAAAAAAAAUUCUCUAAAGCACCUGUACAUCAAUUAUUCUAACUAAUAUAUUAUUUGAUCAUUAUAUUUAGAUUCAAACGUUUUGGGAAUUUUUCGAUCAUUUCGACAGCGUUUUGUCGUCACCGUACGUAGUUCGAGUGACGAGAACGCUGACGUACAUGGUUUAUCUGGUGCAUAUGAACGCGUGCGCCUACUAUUAUGUUUCGGUCAAAGAAGGACUCGCUACGAACAAUUGGGUGUUUAACGGACAAGGGAACGCGUGAGUAUAUUUAAAAAAAUACGAGUAUAUACAAUAUUAUACAUACAUAGUGUAUAUAUAGUGUGAAUAUAUAUAUAUAUUCAAUAAGUAUGCUCAUCCAAUUUUUAAGGAUAAUUUAUGUAUAUAUAUACAAAUUCUGAUUUUGAGAAUUUCCAAGUGUAGUUAAAGACGAUAUUUUCGUAUACUUAGAUUUUUUUACAACAUUUAAGAAAUUUUAUGUGGAGCUACUAUUUUGAUUUUUCAAAUAAUAACCUAUAUUAAAAAUUACAUAAAUAGAUAGAGUAAUAGUUCAUGAAAUAUUCCAAUUUUAAGUUUUGGCAGGGGGAGAUUAGUAGAGCAUAAUUUGUGUAGCGGUACAGUGCCUAAUUUUUAAUUAAUGCUCAACUGCUUUCCCCUUGCCUAAACUAGAAUAUCUGGUGGAAUAUCUCAUAAACAAGUUAAAGAAAAUCAAAAAUUGUAACACCAAAAUUUAUUUUAACUAUUAAUCCAUCAAUUUAUACAAUUGUAGUAAUUAAAAUGAACAUAACAAUCUAAAUUGUGCUAUGCACCCCUUCCAAAAAUAAAAUCUUAAAUACACCCCUAACAGUAGAUAUAUAGGGUGUAACAAGACUAUUUAACAAAUGUAGUAACUAUUUGUCCAUUAAAUAUUUUUAAGUUUUUUAAAAAAAAUUCUUAUUACUUCUUAGAGCUAUAAUUUAAAUACUUACUAGUUAAAUUUUUUAAUCAUUUAGACCUGAUAUCAGCCUGGUACUUUAAGUGAAAAAUAAAAAUUAACCAUGAAAAAUCUGCACAUUUGACUUUCAGUUUGAAGCAUAGAAUAGUUCCAUCCAUCACCUUAAAUGGUCAUAAUAUCCAAAAAUCUACAAGCUCUCUCUACUUAAAUUAAAAACUAGACCAGCGUUUAAUCUUGACCGCUCAUGUUAAAAGUAAACUGCUCUGUCUCAAUUCGAGGUCUAAAUCUCUGCAUUUCUUGAUCGGUAAAUAUUCUAAGUUCAGUGUAAAAACUUAACUAUUCCUCUAUAAAACUGUAUUAAUGUCCAUUUGGACAUACGGCAUCUAGCUAUGAGGAGCUGUCAAAAAAUCAAAUAUUUACAAAAUCCAGAUUUUUUAAUCUAUAACUCUUCGUAUGAUCACGAAUGCUCCAAUAUAAAUUUCAAAUCUCACCAUUCAUAAUGACUUAAAAAUAAACACAGUAGAAGAAAUUUUAAAAGUACUAUACAAACGUUUCCACUCUCGACUAACAAACCACCUAUUUCAGCGCUAAAUUCAGACACCAUUCCUGGCAAUCCCCCUCGCAGGAUAAAGAGAAAAUGGUCUCUGGGCCUAAUUGUAUAGGGAAAAAAAAUUAAAAAUAAUAAUAAUGAAAAAAAAACUAAUCAAAAUUUAACUUAUCCUGGUAUAAAGUGUCCCCAUUGGGUGGCUACUUUCUUUUCAUAUGUCUCAAGCCAUAAUUUAUUUCCGCAUACAAGCUUAUUAAAAUUACUGAUUUACAGAUUUAUCAUCUUCUAUUGGAGCAUAGUAAUUUAAUAGGUAAAUACCUCAAAUUUUUCUUUUUGUUUAAAUAAACCACAUUCUCUCAUUAAUUGCUGUAAAGUUUUUCAUGUUUGAUGAUAUUGAAUCGUUGACUAGAAAAUCGACAUCAUUUUUAUGUCUGUUACUUUUUGAUCCACUAUAGAAGAUCGUGUGACUGUUUGACUUACACUGCCGUUUCCCGACCAUUAUAGGUACUUUCUGUAAUGCUACUACCAGGUGUUUCAUUUAAGUGGGUACACUUAUUAUCUCGGAAAGUAUUAACUUUUUCCGAAAUUUAUUUUUUAGAACAUUUAAGAAACAAUCUGCUCCACAAUUUUAUAUUUGUGUUAUUUUUUGUAACCCUUAUUGUUGGGAGUAAAACCAUAACCUACUUUUGAUUUUCAUACAGCAACCUAUAUUAAAAAUUCCAUAAAUAGGUAGAAUAUUAGUAAAAAUAGAUUUUAGUGUGACAUUGUUGAUUUCUGUCAAGUCGUCGACGAGAUAUUCCACUUUUAAGUUUGGGUUGGAGGAGAGUAGUGAAAUAUUAUUAGUGUGGUGGUACGGCGCACGGCGUAUUAUUAAUGUACCACUACUCUCCUCCAACAUAAAAUUAAAAGUGGUAUAUUUCGUCGACGACUUGACAGAAAUCAAAAAUGUCACACUAAAAUCUAUUUAUACUAAUACUCCAUCAAUUUAUGGAAUUUUUUUUAUAUAAGUUGCCGUUUUAAAAUCAAAAGUAAGUAGUGGUUUUACUCCCAAAAAUAAGGGUGACAAAAAAUAACACAAAUAUAAAAUUGUGGAGCAGAUUGUUUCUUAAAAGUUCUAGAAUAGAAAACAAAUUUCGAAAAAAGUUAAUACUUUCCGUGAUAAUAAGUGUACCCACUUAAAUGAAUCACUUGGUAUUAGUAGAUUAUUCUUGGUUACUUCAUCAAUUAACAUUUUUAAAGCUCCUGGCUUAAACAAAGUUCUAACAUUCUAUGUUCCGAUUCUUAAUUUUUUGCCGUCUGUUUUCCGUUUUUCAUUUUAUUUUCCGUUGAGACUAACGCGAGGUUUGAUUUUUAGAUUCUCCACAAUAUGUCUUUUUUGAAGUAGGGUUAGACCAAUUCUUGACUCCCAACCUGGCGAACCAAAUCACCCCAAUCAGUUAAGAUCUAUGUGGUGACACUAGACUGAACCAAAUAAUUAACAUCAGUUCUUAGUGAUCCCUUGAGGGUUAAUAAUAUAAUUAUAGUACAUGAUAUUAUUACAUUAGACAUUUUAAUUGUUUAGGUAUAUACGCUGUUUUUUCUUCGCUACUAAAACAGCUACAUCUAUCGGGAAAAAUCCACAUCCUGAAAACGAAGUAGAAUACUUGUUCAUGACGGCUAGCUGGCUGAUGGGCGUUUUUGUGUUUGCAAUUUUAAUCGGACAGGUAUUAUAAUUAUUAUUUCAAUAAACUUAAAAACAUAUUAAAAUAAUUUUAAAAAAAACUGUUAUUUAUUUAAAAUAUAUGUUUAGAUUUAGAGUGUAUUGGUUUUACUAACAUGUAAGUUUUUAGAUUUGUCUGUGUCUGUGAAUAUUAUUCUGAUGUAACAAGUGUAAUAUAUUUUCUUAAAUACAAUUUUAUAUAGUUGGUAAUUUUUUGGUUUUCUUGAUUUUUUGAAGAGACUUUUAUAAUAAUUAUGGAAAAACCCAGGAAAAAAUUAUUGGAAAAUUUACAAAUAUUUACGGCAUACCUCGGUGAAAUAUCUAUUUAUUUAUUUUUGUCAAUAUAAUUGUAAUUUAGACUUCAAAAAAAAAGCGGGUUAUUAGCCUAUAAUGAUAUUAUAUUUGUUUGUACUUUAGUAAUCGGCUAUUGUUGUUAGGGUUCAGUAGCAAAAAGAGCAAAAACAGCACCCUUAUAGUUUUAUUUUAUCAAUCAGUCCAUAAACCAUAGUGUAAUAAUAUUAUAACUUCACCAUUUUCUCAGCGGCUUUAAUGAGAUUCUACAGAAAGAUAUUGUGUAUAAACCGCUAUAAUAUGAUUAAGUAAUCCACAAAUUAAAAAUACAACUUAGGGGACGUUUUUAUACACGGAAUUGAGGAUGACAAUUCUAAUUUCUGAGCAUCCUCUAUGGGGUAUCGUUGUAAAACAAAUAUAUAUAUAUAUAUAUGUAAAAGUUUUUAUUGUGACAUGUAUACAGAUGCAUAUUUCACGGCAUAUUAGCUAUAUCUAUAUUCUAAAAAAAUCAUUUUAAACAAAAUAUUAUGUUAUAUACAUUAAACGUACCUAUGGGAUGCAUAGAUUAUACAUUACACAUAUAUACGGUAUAUACAAAAUAAUUAAUCCACGAUAAGAUAACUCUCAUCUCAAAAAGUAUUAACAUUUUUCUGAAAAUUUGUUUUGGAGUAUUUAAGAAAUAAGCCGCUCUAAAAGUUAUUUUUUAGUUUUUUUUUUUGUCACUAUACAUUUUUGUGGUGAAAACCUCGUCCAUUUUUGAUUUUCAAAUAGCAAUCUAUACAGAGUGUUCUACAGUAUUAUCUGAAUGCUAAUAACUCAAUAUUCAUUCUUUUUUUCAAUUGGGUUUUGUGUCAGAGCACAAAUGUAGAGAAAAAUUAAAAUUUUAUUUACAUCACUUAAUCACAGAAGAAAAAUAAUUUUUUUUUUCACUUUUUAAAAUUUUCAAAAUAGCUCAUUUGUAAAAUAUAUUAUUCUAAACAUUUUUAUGUACCAUACUUACAUAUUCGAUUAAUAGUUUCUUAGUGAUAGCUAUUUUAAUUUCUAGAAAAUUGGUGUGAAAAUAAUUACAUAGUUUUGAAUAAAAUAACACGUUACGUGAUAAGAAAUAUCACAAUCAGCACGGUUAUUCCUUAUUUUUUAUUGAAUAUUUAUUAUUUUCACGCCUAUUUUCUGUAUAAUAAAGCCACUAUAACUGAGAAACUAUUAAUUAGAUAUAAAUAUAUGACACAUUUAAAUUUUUAAAACAAUAUAUUUUAUAUAAAAUGACCAUUAUGAAAUUUUAAAAAGUGAAAAAAUAAAACGUUAUUAUUUUUCAAUGAUUGAAUUAGGAAAAUAAAAAUGUAAUUAUUCUCUACAUUUGUGUCGUCCUCCUAACACGAAACCUGGUUAAAAUACAAAUUUAAAAAAAUAAUUAAACAUUGACAGAUUUAUUAGCAUUCGGUUAACACAGUAGGACACCCUGUAUAAAAUAAAUAAAUUGUUGAAGUUUUAGUUUAAAUACAUUUCGGUGUUGAAAUGUAUAAUUUCCGUAGACACAUUGACAAGAUAUUCCAGUUUUAAGUUUGAGCAGAAAUAGGGCUUGUAUCCCUCUCAAAUAGCAAACGACCAUUAUACUUAUUAAAUUAUUUACAUUUUGUAAAAUACCAAGUACUCGGCCAUAAUUGAAUCUUUUAGUUACAUUUUUGUAAUGAUAUAAAUGAUAAAUAAUUAUACAUGUAUAAUAUUAUGUUGUGUGAGCAUAACAUUACAAUUGUUAUGUAAAAAUAAUCUGUGUGAAAUUUGGUCAUGAUAACUCACCUCCUAAAACGAAUUAAUUAACUUAAUUUAAAAUUGACUAAAUUGAUGUAUUGAGCCACACUUAACCGGUUUUUGUUUUAUCUUUAUAGAUUCGAGACAUAAUAGCUACAGCCACGAGAUCUCAAACCGAGUACAGAAAAUUACAAGACGAGACGUUAGAGUAUUUAAGGAAAUUAAACAUACCUCCGCGUAUACGAGCACGGGUAGAACAAUGGUUUUCAUUCACAUGGGAACAGCAAAGGACCUUAGGUAAGUACUAAGUAAUUUAAUUUAUUAAAUAUGUAAUACAUUUAUUUUAUUUUUAGUGGAUGUUAACUUUAUAAUAUAUACCCGUUUAGUUAUAAAUAUAGUGAAACUUCCAUCAUCUAAAUAUGUGAAUUAUACCUCAAUAUUAAAGUUACAGAAAGAGUAUCUUGCAAUUGCUAAAAAUAAUUUCAUAACAUUGUAAUUUUAGCUGUCCAUAAUUCGUGGAUAAAAAGUAAUCUGUUUUACGGUUUUUUUUUUUUUUAAUCUUUUACUAAUUGUUCACAAUAAUUCACAAAUCCAAUUGAUACAACUUUCGCUAGAUAUAGUAGUUAUAAAUUAUGUAUAUUACAAUAAUAGAUAUUAUUCUAUGUUGUAUCUUAUAUAUUUCAAAGGCCAAACUCGAUUUCAGGUAAAUGUGUUUAUCCUAGGUCAAACUAGUUCGACCGAAGUCUGUUAAGACAAACUAGAUGACUAAUAUAAUAUAUAUGGUAAAAUAAUAACACAUUGCAUUACUAUGAUAAUCACUAUAAUAACUAUAACUUUAAAACAUGGAAGCAUAUUGAAGUACCUACAGUUAUUUGUUUUUACAAAGUACGCUCUGAUGGCAUAUCGAAUUACACAGUAUCAAGUUUUUCUUACACAGACACUUAUUUAUUGAGCAGCUUUUGGUACAGUUACACCUGAUAAAACCUUGUCUGGUUCCCAUCGAAUGCUUGGUAGCUGCAGUCCUUAAUGAAAUUUCAAUAUUAUUGUUGAUUUUCUCCAUUUGAAUAAAUUUUUGAGUUCAAAUAUCUUUUGCCUUUAUUGAAUAGGUAGGUCACAUUACCUCUAACUUUAACUGGUACUCUAACGCAAAUUUUGUGUUACGUAUACUAUUGUUAGGAUAAGUUAUAAUUAAAGUCUCACUUAUAUUUCCUUAAUUAAAAAAAUCGCAUACAUUGUAUAAUUACAAUUAUUAUAAUGGAUACGUUUUCGUGUAGUACAUAAUCGAGGGAAAUAUUUAACACAAAAUGUUUAGAAGUUGAGAACAAAAGUCAGCUCACUUUAGUUAUCAACUUUAGAUUUUAGUUAUUAUUGAACAAGUUGAAGAGGCUGAAAAAAUAUAAAAAAAACCUUUACAGAAAGAUGAUUGAAAUGAUUUGGUACUAAAACUUGGGAAUGUAAAAAAACUUAUUGCACAGAAUGAAGGAACCAUAUAGAACUAUCCAGUUGAUAAACUAUAUGAUGUGAUUGACGCUGCUCACAUGACUUUGGAUCAUGGGGGUCAUGAGUCAUGACAGAAUAUUGACUGAAACAUCGAAAAAAUGCAUUAAUAUUACAAAGGAAAUGAUAGUACUUUAUUUGUCUAUGAGUGGAAAUAGCCUACAAAAGAAAACCAAACGAAAUGGAAGACUAACCACAUGGCAGGAUAUGACGAUGACGAUAAAAGUUUUUUAGAUGGAAAAAGCAUUCGAAAAGCUAGAAAAAAAACUACAGAAAAUUAAAUAAAUCAAGCUAAAAAAAUAAAAGUAAAAAAAAUAAAAAAUAAAUCUGACAAAUGACAUCCACCAGCUAAAGUUGGAGAUAUUUUGACUCCACCUAUUGGUAGAUACGUUAUAUUUUUCAAUGAUAUUUUUGUGACUUUAUUAACUACAGUCUAUCACUUUAAUGGAUUUACUGAACUGAAUUCGACAUUUGUACUCAAACGUUUAUCCAAAGUUUAUAUGGCAGAAAUCAACCAUAGUAUAGAAAUUUCAUUGAGGACUGCAGCUACCAAGCAUUCGAUGGGAACAAGACAAGGUUUAAUAAGGUGUAUCUGCACCAAAAACUGCUCAACAAAUAAGUGUAUUUGUAUUGUGUUAGAAAAAAAUGAUACUUUGCAAUACGAAAUGCCAUCAGAACGCAGACCCGGAUCGGGCCUGUGAGCCUGUGAGGCCUUAUGAUACAUAGCCACAUGGGCUGCUUGCUAAAAUAUCAAUCUAAUAACACAAUUUUUUUUUAACGUAAAUAAUAAUACGAUUACAUGUUAGCUAUAAUACAGAGGCCGCUGUUAUCUAAUAUUAUCACUUUAUCAAAUUCAUUAUACUCUAUAAAUACUUUAUAUUAUUUGGUAAUAUGAAUUAUUCAUAAACUUCAUACGUUUAUUAUUUACAAUUAUAUGAUAUCAAAAGUUAUUGUAAAUCGAUAAGUUAACACGGGUGCAUGAUAGACAUUACUCAGUGAAUAUCAUCAAAUUUUAAAGGUGGUGAAGAAAAAGUACAUUUGAAACGUGCUUCACUGUUGUUGCAAGCUGCAAACGACCUGAAACAGUUGAAAUUAAUUAAUUUGUCUUCAAGUCAUCGGUAAGUUAAACGUGUAUACUUAAAUGAUUUUAAUAAUUAGAUUUGAUUUUGAUAUUAUAUAAAUGUGUAUAACGUUUUAUAUGAUCAAGCAGUCUUAAUAGUUAAUAGUCUUAAACGACGAUUUUCGGAACAUAGAAAGUUGUUUAAAUCAAUGUCGAUUUUAGAACCUUCAGAAUUUAAAAAUAAUUAAAAUUAUGAUCAUCUUCAAAUUUCCAAAUAUUUAAUAUACCUAGUCGAUAUUUUGAAAAAAUUUGAUGAAGACAUAAUAGUUGGAACUGUGGUAGAUGAACUUUUUGAUUUCGCUGAAAAAUGGCCAAGGAUCAAGUAUAUCUUUAACAUUAAUAACCAGGAACCUAACGAAAGAGAAGUUGAUAUUAAUAUAGAAUUUGAUUCCAAGGAAGACGAAGACUUGAUAAACAAAUUUGAAAUAAAAAUAAGAAUGCUUGUUAAAAUUGUAUAGUUUAUUGCUGUUUUAAUGUUUUAAAAACAUACAAUUUACAUACUAUGGCUUAUUCUCAUUAAUUUAUGACCAACAAAUUUAUUUUAACUUUAUUGCGCACACAAGUAAAAUGUAAAACAUUUUUAAAACUGAAAUACGUUUUCAAUAGACUACAAAACACGUUAAAUCAAGACAAAUUGGAUACAUUUUUAUUAAUGAAUCGUUGAAAAAUAUAUUUUGUUAAAUAUUAAAAACGACAUUAUACAUUAAAUUACAAAAAAAAAAUUAUAAGUUAAAAAAUGUAUUAUUGUAUUAAUAUUACAUUAUUGUUUAAUUUAGCUUCCUACCUCCAAAAAGCUUGAUCUUAUGCGAUUAAAAAAAAUUGUGGGCCAUCGAAUGAGUAUAUAAAACUCUUUAACUUUACAUAUUAUGUAUAUAGACAAUGGACAUCGUAUAAGUUAAAUAGUCCGGUAAAAUUAUUGUACUCGGUAAGUUUCUGAACCCCAAUUAAUGAAUAGUUUAAAAUAAUACAAUAUUUGUACCGUCGUGACGGAUCUUAAUCUAAUUUUAAUGAUAAAACGUAAUCUAUAUAAUAACAACAAAUCGAUUAGACUGGCCGACAGACGAACACUACUGUAAUAAUACUUAUACUACAAUAUUAAUUCUAUAAUAGUUAUUACUUAUUAUUAUAGUGAUACAUAAGUUACAUCACAUUAACCAUAAUUAUUAUUAUUAUAGGAAAUGUCUAUUGUCUAUAUUAUAUUAUUAUUUCACAUCCAUCAGUUGGAGGUAAUGUGACUAUACUUAUUCAAUAAAGGCAAAGGAUAUUUGCACUCAAAAGUUUAAAGGAAAUAAACCAUAGUAUUAAAAUUGAAUUGAGGACUGUAGCUACCAAGUAUUCGAUGGGAACUAGACAAGGUUUUAUAAGGUGUAACUGUACCAAAAGCUACUCAACAAUUAAGUGUCUGUGUAAGAAAAACUUGAUACUGUGUAAUUCGAUAUGCAUCAGAGCGUACCUUGUAAAAACAAAUAACUGUAGGUACUUCAAUAUGCUUCCAUAUUUUAUAGUUAUAGUUAUUAUAGUGAUUAUUGUAAUAAUACAAUGCACUAUUAUUAUUAUUUCACUGUGUGGAUGUGUAUACUACAUUAGUCAUCAAAGUGUUUUCUAGUUUGUCCUAACAGACUUCGGCUGAACUAGUUUGACCUAGGAUAUACUAAUUUAUCAUGCAACCAGGUUUGGCCUAUAACAUAUACGAAUAUACCAAACAAAUUUUAAUAAAAUAAUAUAAUAUAAAUCAGUAAAAAAAAUGUAUAUAUACUUCAUGCUUGAAAAUAGAGAAGUUUAUGUUUUGGGGGAUGAAAUAUUCCAAUUUUAAAGUGGACAAAAUUAAUAAUUUCUUCAGUAUUUUUUUUUGAAUUUAAUUACUUGAUAAUCAUUAUAUUUAUUGUCAUUUAUCAAAUGAUACAGUAAUGGAUAAACAAAUGCUUAGAUGUUGGUAAAUUAAUUAUGGUAUUUGUGUUUGGGAAAUGUCUAAUCACACCUCUUUAUUGAAUUUGGUUAACACCAAUAGGUAUAUCUACUUAAACUUAAAAACAAUUUAUACAAUUCAUCUCAAAUAUAUUAUAUACAAUUAUACUAAAUAUUAUCAUUUGCAUAACUAAUCUAUAACUAAUAAAGUCUAUAAACAAAAAGGAAAUAAUCCAUUGUUAUUAAUAUAGAUCAAUUAAAUGUUUUAGUACAAUUCCUUCUAAAACUUUGGUUUUAAAAUUUAAAAUAAUUAAUUCAUUUUACCAACCAGCCCACUUGUGCAUUUUGCAUACAAUGAUUAUAAUGAUGAUCAUGAAAUUUACUUGUGUCAAUAUUUAACAGACGAAAAUCGUAUUCUGGACUCGUUACCGCACAAGAUGAAAACCGACGUGGCUAUCAACGUUCACAUGAAAACUUUAAACAAGGUACAGUUGUUCAAAGACUGCGACAAGGCGCUACUGCGGGAGUUGGUGUUGAAACUUCGACCGAUACUGUAUUUACCGGGUGACUACAUAUGUCGUAAAGUGAGUGCAAUUUCCACCAACAAUUGAAACAUGAUAAAUUUUACAACGAUCAGUUUUUUAGAUUUUGAACAGAGUGAGGAAUGUGUCUAUUUUAUUUUUAUUUAAGUUGAAAUUUUAGUACACAUAAUGGUAUUUAAUUUAUAUUUGUAAGCACCGAUAAGUCAUUGCUAACUUAUAUUUUAAUUGGAAUAAGAUAUCUGGUAAAACAUUUGUUCACAGAUAGAAUUAGUCUACGAUUUGAAAAAAAUUCUCGUCAAUCAAACGCAUACCUAUGAAUAACGUCCCUGAUUUUUUUUAUUAUCAUUAAAAAAUAAUACAAGAGAAUCAUCGAAUAUUCUGAAAUAUGUGGGUGUGAAUAUUUGUUGUGCCUUGCACGGAUUGCCUACUUACCAAAUAUAAAAUAUAUACUUAUAAUUUUAAAAAAAAGAUACAAACAUACUUCGCACGAUGAGUGCGCCAUUGUUGUAGGUGAGAAGUUGGGAAUCUAGAGGGGAAAUUUAAUGUAUAUCUAAUAUAUGUUAUAAUAUAUAUUAAUGUAUAUUUUAUGUAUGUACACAGCAAUUAACCAUUGCUAGCGAAAAACGAUUCUGAGCGGAGUUUGGUUAAUAGCGUUACUUUUUCAACAAUAUAUAUAUCAUAUUAUGGUAAAAUAAUUACAUAGAUACGCAUUAAUAUUAUACCUAUUUUCUCGUUUUUUCUUGGUUUUUCCCAUUUAUUAAAUAACUCCUAAAAAAUCAAAAAAUGACUUUCUUAAAGUACUAUCCCAGUCAGAUUUACUUUCAGAAAAAGUGCUAUAAUUAAAAAUCGGAUCAAAAUGGUAGAAAAGUUGUCCACAGAAAAAAUAAUAAUAUACCAAUAUUAUAAUACAAUAACAUCAUUGUAAACUUAAUACAUUCCUCGCUCCGCUCAGGAUCUAAAAUACAAUUUUCCAGGGUGAAGUCGGUAAAGAGAUGUAUAUUGUGAAAACCGGACAAGUCCAAGUGGUCGGUGGUGAAGUCGACGACGAAGUGUUGGCCACGCUCACGGAAGGAUCAGUAUUCGGUGAGAUCAGCCUGUUGAGCUUGUGUGGAACCAACCGCAGAACAGCUGAUGUUAGGUAAGCCUUAACCUAGCUUAACAUAUUACAAGAAAAGUCAUCUAUUAAAAAAUUGACAAGAUUUUUAAUAAAAAAAAUCCCUUCAAAAGGUUUUUAAAGUAUUCCAAAAUAUAUUAAACUAACAGCCUAUCACAGUAAUUAGCCAAAACUUUUUAUUAAGUAGAUCAUAAUUUUCUACAUGUUUUUUGUGAAUGAAAUUCUGUGGUGUGGCAAAAAAGGCCAAUAUCCCAAAAAAAUUUUAAACAUUGAAUUUAUUUCAAAAGGCAGAUAAUAAAUUACUCAAUAAUUGUAUCGCUAAUUUGCAAUUAAUUUUUUUAAAUGGAUUUAGAUUUAAGUGUGUUAGUGUAAUUUUAAUUAAUGCUCGAGCGUAUUAUUUGAAUCCACCUCAUAUGCUAUUUUUAAUCAUUUAAUUACACUAAUUUAUUUUUAUUUAUCUCAAAAUUGCCAUUUAAUAAAUUGUUUCUUACGCUUUUAUUAGGUGUUGCAUGAUAUAAAUAUAAUUUUUAUCCGCAUAUCUUAGUCAAAGUUUGCUAUAAGUUAUGUUUUACGUUAUUACAGAAGAAACCAUUUAAAUUAUAAUUUAUUAUAUAAUACAAAAUAAAACACAUAACAUAAUAUAAUAUUUCAUCAUGUACAUACACACUACUUUUUAUUAAUAUAAUAAUUAUUUUCUUAACAGUUAAUCAUAAUAUUACUUUAGAGUAAUUAACAUUAUAAAAUAGGCAGUGUUACUACUGUAACAUCUUUUUUUCUUUUUCUUUUUUUUAAAACAAAACAAAUGAUUAUGGUUACUUAAUAUUACUACUACUAAUAAUAAUAAUACAAUAAAAAUAUGAAAAUUACAAAAUUCACAAAACUAAUUUUUAAAUUACACAUAAAUAUAUUUAAUACAUUUUUUUAAAAUACAUAAUUAUCAAAUCUUACUAGUUUUUUAAUAAGCCUAUUACUUCUGGUUCUUUUUUCAGAACUCACACUUUUUCAAUAUCGAUUUUGAUCAUCUAUAUUCAUUGUCUCAUUACCGUUUUUAACAGAUUCACCACAACUAUUAUUAUAUUCAAUUAUUUGGGAUUGUCCAAUUAUGCAAAUCAAACAUUUUCGUAUUACUGCAGCAAAUGACUAUAUCGUAUAGUAAUAAGUCACCUUUUGCUUAAGAGAAAUCUGUUGCAAAUUUAAUAAUUUGUUGCAGGAAUACGAAAAUGUUUGAUUUGCAUAAUUGGACAAUCUCAAAUAAAUCUGACUAAUAAUAAUUUCACUUCUUGCAAUAACAAUGACAUGUAUACAUUAAUCAAUUAAUACGUCAUGUAAGAUAAAAAAAUACCAAUUAUAGUAGUGCCUAUUUUUAUUUAUUAGCUAAAUACAAUUUUUACUUUUACAUUAUUAUGCAUAUACUCAAUUUAUAAUACUAGAUGUCUAGAUUUCAAUUAAAUAAACAGAAUUAUUUUGAAAAACAUUUAUAAAAUAACAAGGCACUAUAAAAAAAACUAAGGCAUUAAAUUCAAAUUUGUUUUUUAGCUCACUAUGUACAACUUCUAAGUUCAACAUAGUGAACCAAAAUGUACAUUGUGUUAAAUUUUCAAACAUUUCUCUUAAGUGAUAUAAUGUUAAUAACAGAAACCUACCAAAUAAAAAUAUAUAGUAUACAAAAAUACGAAAAUAUCAAAUAGGUUAAAAAGUAAAUAUAGGUUAAUAAAAAGAUUAAAAAUAUUUAAAAUGUUUUGAACUUUUUACCACGUUUACAAUAGGUCCAUUUAAGUAUUUUGUGAAAACUACAGGCCUCUCUCUACAAUAAUUUUCAACCGAAUAACAACAAAAAAAAUCAAAAUGCCGUACACUUUAACGUAUUUUCUAAGUUUUUCUGAAGUUUUUCGUAAUUAUGAGGAAAACAAAACGAAAAAUCAAACAACAAUUACUUUAUUUAUAAACUAGAAAACAUUUUCUAUCAAAAAUUAUGUUUUUCUUGGCAUAUUUGAAUGAAGAUUUUUGGUAGACAAAUCUAAACAUUUUAAAUAAUGAAAUCGUUGCUCCGUAAUUUGAAAACAAAUUGUACUUUUAGUCUUUUUUAGUUUUUCCCAAUUAUUAUAUAAACUAUUUUAGUUAUAAAAAAUGAUUUCCUCUAUCAGUAGCUAAAUAUUAAAUGAAACAAAGUCGAUCACGUAUAAUUUUUCGAUUGGAGCAAUAUUUCUAGUAAAAAAUAUAAUUUGCAAAAAUUAAAAACAAUGAAUUCAGUAACGCCAUAAUUAUUUGCCGUUUUGCCUAUAAUUUUAUUUCGGGAUUUUUCAAAACAUUUUGAAAACCCCUUAGAAAAUCAAAAAAUGACCUCCACAAUGCACCAACUAGGGAAGAUUUCCUUUUAGAAAAAGUGCUAACUUGAUACUUUAGAGGAAAAUUUUUGGUAGAAUAGUUAUUCAUAGGCAGAAAAAAAAAAUGUAUAAAACACAAUUGAUAAAGUGGUAAUUAUAAACAAAUUAGAGUAUAAUAAGAUGUUAGACGAAAUUGAAGGAUUUGAAGAUUUGGGGACAUUGCUACAUUAGGACGAACUAAUAAAAUAGAUUUUUACGUAUUAGUUAUUAUAGUUCACGGACUUUAUACAAAUUGGAAGUUUCCAUUAUAUUAUUUUUUCACUAGCAGUGGUUUAAAAGGAGAUAAUUUGGUUUGCUAAUUAUUUUGCUUAUAUUAAAUUCCAUUUAUCGAUUUAUGGAAAAAAGUGAUUGUAUAUCAACCUCUUGGUUCGAUCAUAUUAAAAGAACUCAAUAAAAUUCUUAAUAAUUGAUUAAGGUGGUUACGUUUGAAGUGCAUGUUGUAUGAUUUAGAAGUAAAAUAUCUCCCUGGGCGUGAAAUGUAUGUAGCCGAUUUAUUGAACAAAAAUUAUGUUAAAAGACAAGAAAUUGGUAAAACUAUAGUAACUGAGGUGAUUCAUGAAAUUAAUGACACACAAAUUAAUUUUUAAAAUAAUAGAGAGAAUGAAUUUAAAAAAUAAAAACUGAAUAUGAUGAAGUACUAAAACAAAUUAUAGAAUAUUGUGAAAAAGGGUGCCGAAAGUUAAAUGUAAGGAAGAGCUUAAUCACUACUGGAAAUUACGAAAUAAUUUGUACUUGGAAAAUGGUUUGAUUAAUUUUGGUACGCGACUAAUUGUGUCUAAGGUUAUGAAGCAGUAUGUAAUUAAAAAGCUUCAUGAACCUCAUUUUGGUAUCAGAAAAACAAAAGCCUGAGUAAAACUACUAUUUUAUUACCCUGGUAUUAAUAGCAAAAUUGAAAAUUGUAUUAGCUCAUGUCCUGUUUGUUUGAGAUUUAGUUCUAGUAAAGUAAAACAACCAUUUAAAUCACAUUAUAUACCAGAUAUACCAUUUUAAAAAAAUUGCACUUGAUAUUGCUGAGUAAAAUAAAAUAAACUAUUUGGUUGUUGAAGACUAUUAUUUUAGAUGGUUAGAAGUUUUAAAAUUAAAUUUAACUAAAUUAAAAAAAGGAGUAAUAGUUAUAAAUUCAGUGAUUAGUUGGUAUAUGUUCAAAACCAAUUUAAAAAAUAAUGGGGACUAUGAACAAUAAUUAAAAAAUUUGAUAGCCCAAGAAGUUAUUUAGUGAAACUUGUGAAAGGUAAUAUAAUUAGAACAAAUUCUAUAUGAUUAAAAAGCAAAGAGAAUAUUGAGCUCUAUAAUGAGUAUGGUGGUGAAUUGAUAGAUGAUCAAGGUAAAACAACUAAAACACCUGUAGGUACUAACAUGAAUCUUGAAUAUAAUAAUAGUUGUGGUGAAUCUGUUAAAAAUGGUAAUGAGACAAUGAAUAUAGGGAAUUCUAGGUUAAGUAUUAGCCAAGAACAACAACGCUUGAUGUACCGAUGUUAGUGAGCGCUGACGUCAUGAGUACCUUUGAUCACGAAAUUAAUUAUUAACUCGCUGAUUCUUUUGUAAAGUUUGACAAAUUUCGUCUAUUGAUAAAUAAAAAAAAAAAAAAAAAAAGAGUUUAAAUUUCUAAAAAAUUUUUAUAAUAAUCGGGAAAAAACCAUAAAUUAAAAACGGAUAAAUUUACAGCGAAAACAAUUUCAUUAUUUUAAAUUUUUUCGAUUUUUAUUUUCUUAAAAAUCUUGCUCCAAAUUGUAUAUAUUUUUUUAAAUUUUUAUUUAGCGAGUAUUCUGUGGAUAAUUGUUUUAUCAAAUAUAAAUAAGUUUGUUUCAAGUUGUAUUUAAUGAUUGAGAAAAAAAUUGGGCGUAAUGCAUUUGUCUUAAUAUUAAAUUUUGACGAAAAUCGUAAAAGUUAUUUUAUUUCAAAACAUGUAACCGAUCUUCGCUCAUAAUCGUUUAUCAGUGAUUUAUCGGUACGUAUAGAUAUAAAUCAAAUUUCUUUCCUACCUUCUCAACUUCCCACUUACAAAAAUGACACAUUCGUCCAAACUAUCAGCUUUUUUUUUUUUUCUGAUACUAACCGUUUUUGAACCAAACUACAAAUUUAUAUUUCUUAGCAAAAUACUAAUAACACGCACGAAUUUCAAUCAGAUUUAAAAAUUGUUAAUGCAUAUACAUAUAUAAUACUAUAACUUAUACUGCAUGCACCUUAGCACACUGAUACACAUAAUAUUUCUAAUGUUACAGAUCUCACGGGUUUUCCAAUAUUUUCGUACUGAGCAAAGAAGACCUUAACGAAGCAAUCAAGUUUUACCCGAACGCCCAGGAAAUACUCAAACGAAAAGCAAGGUUUGCUACAUUUGUUAAAUCUCAUGGCCCGUAUGUGUUGUUUCCUUUUCACAAACGCAUAACACAGCACAUUUUUACGUUAAUCAAGACCAAUUGUGCUCGUUAGAUUUAACAUUCGAGAGAAUUAACCUAUUUCAAAAUUAAAAAUAUAAGUACAUUAUACGUACAACUGUCGGUUUAUUUGAUAUUUUGAUAUUUAAGUAAUCAUAUUUAAUUUGUGUUAUUUCACAUACUCAUGUACGUCGAUAAAAAUUUAAAAAAAUCAAGGUAGUUACAUAGAUAAUGUUUUUGUCUUUUUAAGUUUGAUAAUAGGUCAAUUGACUUUCAUAUUAAAACUAAUAGUACAAAGUUAUCCCUGUUGAACGAAAGUUUGCUGUCGUGUGUUAGUUAAUUGAACCUCAUUUCGAACAUGUAUGCGUAGCAAAAUGCCAAUAAAUAGUCUCAAAAUGAUCAAAAUAUUUUUACCACGUCUGGAAAAAACCAAUAUAAGUACUAUAAUAUAAUAUACUUAUAGUCUGUGAACAUUUUAGGUAUCUAAAUUUUAACUCAAUUAUAAUAAAAACAAAAUUCAAAAUACUAAAUCUUUUAUAGUCCUAAAUUUGUUCAUUUUUCUUAUAGUAACAUUUUUUUUUUAGUUUUAUCACAAUUAUUAUGAAAAUUGCUUAGAAAACCAAAAUAUAAUCUCACCAAUGGGCAAUUUACCAAUUAGAUCUAAAAUGCUAAAUAAAUCUCUCAUCAUUUGAUUGAAAUUAAUUUAAUUUUGAUUGGGCAAGUUUUCUGGUGGAAAAGUUGUUGACAGAAAAAACAAUUUAAAAAAAAAAAUCACCCACAUCGCAGUAAAACCAAUAUAUUAAUUUAAAAAAAUUGUGUUGAAAUUUCAGCAUAAUAUUUUAUACUUGUAUGUAAUUCAGGUAGUUAUUAUUUUAAUCUUAGUUGUAUGUAAAUCUACUUACAAUUUACUACUGACAUACCUAUCUACUUACAUAGAAUUUUCCAUUAUUUCUCAGGGAGCUGAUUCAACAAAAUGCAGUAAGAGAACACAGACAAAUACCUACUGAAUUACUUGACGACCAUUAUGGGAACAGUACUGACAGCUUGAUGAGAGUUCUCUAAACAACAGUUGGUUUUGUACCAUUUUAAAUUUUGUAUUUUACAAAAUACUGUAGUACCUUUAUGUUAUGCAUACUUGUAUUAAUAUAUCUAUGUCCUGUAUACUUUAGUAUGAAAGAAAUAAAUAUACCAUUUUAUCUAUUAUAUGCAUUUCACUGCAUAAGAUUUAUGAUUAUUCUACAAAAAUUGUUAUUUUUAAAAACCGGGGAAAUAGUUUUACUUAUUGCUACAUUAAAAACUGUCAUACAUAUUUUGUACUACAUACAAUGUCCACAUUUCCACAACCACAAUUUUUUAGUUACAUCAAAUGUACCAAAUGAUGAAUUUGAUUCAUUUUAAAUUUAAGAAUAUGUUUAACAAAAAAAAAUUUAAUUUAUGUAAUUAAAAGUUGACAUUU